UGAAAAUCAGGACUUUUUUCCUUUGCUCUGUUUUCUCUCAUUCUGAGCAUUUUCUUUCUUUUUUUUCCUGGUAAUUUCUGGGAUUCAAAUUUUUUUCCUGCAGCUCAGAAAGAGAAGGAAAAGACAAAGGAAAGAGAAAGAAAAAGGAGAGUGGGAAAAUUUUAAUUCUUUUUUAAUUAUUAUUUAGCAUGGGUUGUUUUUGGUGCACUGGAAAUUCAAGGCAAAGAUCGAAAAAGCUAACCAACAAGAAUGAUGACAGCAGCUACCAACGCAAGCUCCAUGAUCUAAUGAAAGACAGUUCGGUUGCAUUGAAGAAAGGCAGUGCAUAUGAGAGUGCAAAGAAGGAAGAGGUAGCUAAGAAUGAUCAGUUAUCGUUGGAUGUAAAGAAUUUGAAUUUGAAUGAUGAGGUUUCCAAGGAUGGAAAAGAUAGUAAACUGGCACAGUCAUUUACAUUUGCUGAACUUGCAGCUGCAACAGGCAACUUUAGGUCGGAUUGUUUCUUGGGUGAAGGAGGUUUUGGAAAAGUUUACAAGGGAUUCUUGGAGAAAACGAACCAGGAUGUCGCUAUCAAGCAACUUGAUCUUAAUGGUCUUCAGGGCAUUAGGGAAUUUGUUGUUGAAAUAUUGACAUUAAGCAUGGCUAAGCACCCAAAUCUUGUAAAAUUGAUAGGGUUUUGUGCUGAGGAUGAACAGAGACUACUGGUUUAUGAGUACAUGUCAUUAGGGUCUUUGGAAAACCAUUUACAUGAGCUUCCACCCGGUAGAAAACCACUUGAUUGGAACACAAGGAUGAAAAUAGCCGCUGGUGCAGCGAGGGGCUUAGAAUAUUUGCAUGAUAAAAUGAAACCCCCUGUCAUAUACCGUGACUUGAAAUGCUCCAAUAUUUUGCUUGGCGAGGGAUACCAUCCAAAGCUAUCUGAUUUUGGCUUGGCAAAAGUGGGUCCCAUUGGGGAUAAGACUCAUGUUUCUACAAGGGUUAUGGGCACGUAUGGUUAUUGUGCGCCAGAUUAUGCAAUGACUGGACAGCUGACAUUUAAAUCAGAUAUUUACAGCUUUGGGGUUGUGUUCUUGGAACUUAUUACUGGUAGGAAAGCAAUUGACAAUACAAGAGAUCAUUCAGAACAAAAUCUUGUUGCAUGGGCACGCCCCAUGUUCAAAGACCGAAGGAAUUUUUCGCAAAUGGUUGACCCUCUGCUGCAAGGUCAAUAUCCUGUCAGAGGUCUCUACCAAGCACUCGCCAUUGCUGCAAUGUGUGUUCAGGAGCAGCCUAAUAUGCGGCCGGCUAUUUCAGAUGUGGUUUUGGCUCUGAAUUACCUAUCCUCCCAGAAAUAUGACCCUAACAAAUCUGUUCAUACCUCUCGAAGAAACAUGGCAUCAUCAGCAGUGAAUCGGAAUAUUGUUGCAGAUCAUGAGCAUAACGGUCACUGAGCUGGAGGACAAAGUUAAAAAUAAAGUGGCAAAUAUUGUUGUUCUGCGGUGUUAAUACAAAGUGCCUGGUUAUCAAUUUUUGCAUUACAGGAGAUAACAGGCAUACUUUCCAUCUUAAUCUCCAGACAGAUUUUCUUUCGUCCUUUACUCCCCCUCUGAUGGUGUACAUGUGCGUUGGGGUUCUUGUAUGUAAGAUGCUUCUUUGUAGGAACCAUUUUCCCAUAAUACUAGUUUAGCCCUCCUAUUUAAAGUGAUGAGUACCUGUCCUUCUUGCUCUCUUGCUUACUCCUAUUAAAAAAAAGAAGAAGUGUGAUUAUCUACUCUCGAAGUGACGAUCUCUUUUCAGAGCUUCACAAUUACAAUAAAAACAGGACUCAUAAAUGACUAUAUCUUUUCGAUUAUUGUUUCCAUAAAGGUAAUAGCAGCAAUUAGAUCAA